ACUAUCGAUAAAUAGCUAUAAUAUCAACAUCUCUAAUUUGUCUCACUCCUUUUCACUUUAGCGAGGCAAAAUUUGUCACAUUUCUUUGGCAAAAUUUGCAGUUUGUGAUAAAUCAAUUAAAUAAGCACGUCGAGAGCGUAGCGCAACACCUCAGACAAGAUACACUAGUUAAACCAGCAACGCUGCAAAAUGCCCAAGAAUAAAGGAAAAGGUGGCAAAAAUCGUCGUCGUGGAAAGAACGAAAACGAGUUCGAAAAACGUGAACUGAUCUUUAAAGAGGAUCAACAGGAAUACGCGCAGGUGACCAAAAUGCUGGGCAAUGGUCGCUUGGAGGCAAUGUGCUUUGAUGGCGUCAAACGUCUGUGUCAUAUUCGGGGGAAACUUCGUAAGAAGGUUUGGAUCAAUCAGGGCGAUAUAAUAUUGGUCGGCUUGCGUGACUAUCAAGACUCAAAGGCUGAUGUCAUUUUGAAGUAUACACCAGAUGAAGCCCGAAAUCUGAAGACUUACGGCGAGUUUCCGGAAUCGGUUCGCAUCAACGAAACAGUCACAUUCGUCGAAGAUGGCUUCGAUGAAGAUAUUGAGUUCGGUGAUGAGAUUAGUUCGGAGGACGAUGCUGAUUCCGUAGACAACAUCUGAUCCAAAAAGAAUCAAGCAGCAGCAGCUGAAGACGAAGCUGUAGAGUCUGUUCAAGAAUAGGGAAAUAAACAAAUUUGUAAAAAGCCGACAGUCUCCUCUGGCACCAGCGUCCACCCACAGCAGUCAACAACCCCGCACACACACAUUCACAAAGGCACACACACACACGCAUCCACCAUAUGCACACAGCAAGCAGAUCAGUUACAACUGGCAAUCGAUAUAUGCAGGAGGCAAACCAAUCCAUUCAGACAGCAAUAACCUUAAAAAAAUGAAGCGUUCCUUUUUAUAAAUUUCGAAGUUCUUUUUUCAAAUUUGGAUGCCAAACUCAAAUCUAACGUUUUCAUACGCAAUGUUCAAUACGAAAUGAUGUUAAACAAAUAGUAGAACUUUUUUAAAGCAAAUGAAA